GUGACUAGUGAGCCAAACUGGGGAAGGACUGGUGAAGAAGCAUUGAUGCUCAUUUACUGGUAUUGAGGAUGCUGCUAUUUUCAGUGUAAAGACGUCUUUUCUGACUGCAUUUGAAUGUCAAGCUAUGCGACGCUACUGUGCAGGGUACUCUCUCACUGGCUUUCCCUGGUCACCCACUACACACACACACACACACACACACACCCAUUCAAGUUUCAGGUUGGAUACCCCCUGUGUGACUAAGAUAGGGAAGCCCAUGCAGGUGUAUUUGUGAGUGACUCACCCUGAAAGAGAAGUAUGGAAAGGUGAAGUGGGCUAACUGAGAGCGUUUUGACUGGGUCUCCCCUCUGAGACGAAGCAUCAACAGAUUCCCCAGAUUACUGAAAAUGACACAAGACUUCAAAGCAACCUGGUUUCCAUCACGGUUUCAUUUGCAGUUAAUGUCAUAGUAAUUCAUGAAAAACAAUAAUCAAAGUUAAGUUAAUGACAAGCAUCUGCAUUUUGAGGAAAUAAUGUGACCGGGAAAAGAAAAUGUUCCACAGCACGGCUUAAUGAGACAUAAUAUUGUCUCUCCCUCUCUAUUAUCAUGUUCUCACUCUCUAUUUGUUUCUCUUUGUCUAUCUCCACCCACAGAUGGAACAGAGAAAUCGCCCACAGGAGAGCAAAAUGUCAGCAAUUGUUGCCCAUUACUAAAUUGGUGCAUUUACUUUCCAUCACUGAACAGGAAAUAGGACGGGCCCUGAGUUGCGCCAUAGCCGCUGUUGCUCUCCUCACUUGAUGUGAAGGAAAUUUCACUUCCCUACAACUGUUAGACCAGGUUUCACAUCAAGCGACAGGUGUCAUUAUGCUUAAUUGUCGCUAUGACGUUGAAGCUGUGUCCCUUUGUUGUUAAUGGAAAAUGUUGCUUUACAAGCUUGGUCAUGUUACUCAUCAGUUGUGUUGACAUUUUUACUUUAGAUUUCAACAGAACUUUACACGGGGCGUCACAACACAAGCCCUCUGAACCAGGUAGCAGCUCUCUCCAAAGUCCAAGUCAAAAUCAUUACAUUUCAAAUAACUCUGAUGACAUUUGAGGGUCAUUUUACACCAUGACUCCUCUCACUGUACGCAGCAAAUCACUGAAGACAUCUGAGACGUUGAGCUGCUGCUCUGCUCUCUGUGCGCUCAGACAUCCAAACAUGCAGACUUCUAGCCACACCCCAACCGCUGAUGUCACAGCAGGUAUUUUCCAUUAGCUCUGUUUUUCUUUUCAGCUCUCAAAGGUAGAACACCUGCUGUGACAUCACUGGUUGGGCUGAUGGCCAGUAAUGCAACACGCUUUAAAGUUAAAGAGCCCUAGCUGAGCAGAGCGGCAGCAGUUUUGUGACUAAUGAUUCAGUGACUCAUUGUUCAUACAAUGAAAGAGCAACAAUUCCUGCUUUUGCUGCCAUCUAGCUGUUGAAAUCUUCACCUUGAUGCAGUGUAUGUAAUACUGAUUAUUAACAUGUUGUUUGGUGUGGUUAGCCGUGAAACACAGAUGCUUUAUUUAAAUGAACUCUAUCAGAGUGAUAUUAUCACCAUAACAACAGUAUUAACUAAUUAUUAAUAUACAGUCUGUAAAGGCCAAAACUUAGAGCACUGUCACAAGCUGGCUCAGAGUGAGUGACAAAAAGUCACACAUGAAGGAAGGGCCAAUAUAACAUGUAUUAUGAAUUUACUAUACUAAAAUACAAUAAUAUGGUAUUACAGAUAAUAAUUUUUUGAAACUUAAAGGAUAUUGUGUUAAUCUUACCACAAUAUGUCAUAUUACACACAGGAGGGAGCUCAAAGUCAAUCACAGAGCGUCUUGACAAGUGUCUUGAAAUGUGUAAUGUGUCAUUGAAUGCACAGUUUGAUUUACAGAAACAGUGUUUGUGUUUAGUGUGAGGUGUUCUGCUACACACAGAUAAUAAAGACAGAUAAUAAAAUGUGCUCUGUGUGCUGUUUUUUUUUUCAUUUUCCUACCUCAUCCUUCUCAGCCUACAUACUGUGCAGUGCUGCACUUCUGUGUCAGUAGGAUAAAAACUGUUCGAUGCUUCAAAACAGAGGCAGGGAGGUGUUAAGUGCAGAUCGGUGGGCUCAACUUCAAACUCGCUUGCAGACCACGACCGUGCUGCAUGAGGUCUCUGCAAAGUGCCACUGCAAUGAUCCCAUUUGACACUAGCAGAGAAGAAGGUUACAGGUGGGGCGUGGUUUGAUAUCUCACUAAAAUAUCUCUUGGCAGCCUCCAACAAGCACCACAAAGACCUGUGUAGAAGCUUUUGUCGUCUGCAAGAUUAAAAUGGGCCAAAAAUGGAUUCAGAUUCUGGUGAUUCUGGUGUUUUAUCAACAAAUGGCUUCAGGAGCUGAAAUAAAAGCAAAGGAAGGGGACAAAGUGGAAAUCAAAUGCGUGCCUGCUCAGAUGUCCUCUAUGGUCAUGUGGUUUCGAGUUCUGGACAGCUCAAACAUGGAAUACAUUGGAUCUUUUGACAUAAAUGGCAACUUAAAAAGUGGUACUUCCCUCAGUAAAAUCUUCAGUAACGAAAAGAUGAUCAGCAAUAUUCUUACGUUGAAAUCCUUCAGCAAGAGCAAGGACAGCGGCCUCUACAUCUGUGCCACAUUGGUGAAAAACAUUCUGGAAUUUGGCGAACCAACCCAACUGAGUGGAGUUGAAGUUACAGCACCUCCAAAGGCCAUCACUACCAAACCAACUGUACCCACAACUACCACGGCCUGUGUUUGUAACAAUCAUAAGCAAGGGGGAAAAAGUGACAUGUUUUGCUCUCUAAUCAUUCUGGGCCCGUUGGCUGGUGGCUGUGGCCUUCUUGUUCUGCUCCUCAUCAUCACCACCCUGUACUGCAACCAUACGAGGACACGGAGAUGCCCACACCAUUACAAAAGAAAGCCACGGACGAUGCCUCCUGGAAAACAAUUGAUGACCAACAGACACGUUUAAUCUAAAUGGCUCUAAAAAUGUCGCUCUGCAAUUUAAACUGCAAUUAUUUUACAGUCUUGUGUUAAUGUUGCAGAAAUAAGUCUUCAUCUUAUUUACAGUUUUAUGACAAAUUCAAGGUGAAUAAUUGGCAACCUAAAAUGUUCUCGCUGUGUGUGAUAGAAAAUAUAACAAGUGUUUAAAGUGGUUCAAGUAUUCAACACAUCAAAUACUUUGAAAGCUUUUCUUUUGUUCACAUUAAUUACAUUGUGGUUUCAUGGCCGAUGAUGCCGCCCUGUCACAUUCAGUUUGAACUCUUUUAAAGAAAUAACAUGAGACGACAUGAUUUUUUAUUUAUCCAAACCCCAUGAAUCUUGAUAAAGACAGAAAACAGGGAGUGGAAACCGAAUAGAAACCAAGAACAUUACAAUUCAGUAUUCUGAUUUGUUUAUUUCCCUCUAGAAAUUUAUGAAAAUGUAUGUAAUCAAUUUUGCUUUUGUAUAGAUUUCACUUAUAGUUACAUGUACAGUCUCUACUUUUAACAGCCCAUGUUUUCUUUCCUUUUUAAAAUAGUCUCCCUACACAGAUUUUUUACCGUAGUUACUGUAAUUUAGUUUUGUGAUUUAACUUCAGCCCUGAAAAAAUCAGAUAACUACAGUUAAGAAAAUGAUUUGCUCUGCUUAACAUUCUGUCCUGCAGGAGGCUAACUUCACAUUUUGAAAACUUUAAAUAACCUUUUCUACAAUUUUAUAUAGUUAUCUUUUGAUUCUUUUUUCUCAUAAUUCAAAUUCCUCUGGUUUCAAAGUAAUGACAAAUAGUAUUUUUGUUUUUUAGAAAAUGGAUGUACAGUAUUUCACAAUUAUCCCACUGUCUGAAUUUUUGUAACUGAAACAAACAAACAAAAUUGAAAAAAAAAGAAGAAAACAAUAAAAUAAAAUAAAAUAAAUAAAAAAUAAAAUGUAGACAAGCAUUCUUUCUUGGCUGCGAUGAAUUGUAGUUGUCUUUAUUUAUGUUGCUUUCUUUCUUUCUUUCUUUUUUUUUUUAACACAUCACACCCACUCACUUGAAUCCCCCAUCAGUCAUUCAGGGUCAAAAUAUAAAGUUAGAAGUUGAAGUUUGUCUUGUUGACAACCCCCCACGUCAAAAGGAAGUGGGCUGCUACAACUGUAUGCACAGUGAAAAACCACUAAGUUGAGAGAGAAAAAUACUUUAAGAGGAGAUUCGGUUCCGUUUAAUACGAACACAGUUCCCUUGCACCUGAAAGAAAACAGUCUGUAUUGAUUUAACAUUGCAGUUAUUGAUUCUUCCUGCUAUAUUUGGCUUUUUUUUUAUUUAAGGCAGUUCAUGUUAACUUGAGUUUCUUGUUUGUAGAAACCAGACUCUCAUAUAACAACUACACCAUUCUAAUUUUUAUAUUUAUUUUAUUUAAUUCGUUUUCCCACAUCUAAAAUAUCUCUCAUAUCUUUUGACUCACACCAACACACGCAACCUUUGACAUGACGAAAAAAUAACCUUGGGGAAAUUAUAGUGAUUUGACUUUACAGUUGAAAGCUCUUUGUAAAUUACACAGUGUUGUCUUAUAUAGAGCAAAAAUCUUUUUUUUUUUUUUUUUUACAGUAUACAAAAUGGCCGUUUACAAAGCUUGUAACCACCUUGGUUCACUAAAUG